AAAAAAUAAAAGCAUUUGCCGCCUUAAUCUAUUUUACCGCCAAUUUUCAAAAUUUCACCAAUUACUUUAGAAUAGAUCUGCGGAUCCCUAAUAUUCUUCUGCAUUUCUAUAUCAAUCAAAAACAAAAUCCAAUACAUCCUAUUCUCCGCUACCGUUCCAGACAUGGACAGCGACGAGGAUUUAGAGCUAGUUUCCCCUUCCGACCACACAUCAUCUUCUAUUCAAGACAGAAAGUUUAAACGAUUGAAGAAGCUGAAAACGGUUUCCGAGAAUCCAUCCCAUUUUGAAGCCCUUGAUUUGGAUUCAUCGGACGCCCAAGUUGUUGAGGAGCCGAAAUUGGGAUCUGGGAUUGGGUCUGACUCCGCGUUCCAUGAUUUUGACGAGGGAAAUGAAUUGAGUUUUGGAUUUGAUGAGUUGGGUGUUGAUGGAAAUGGGUCGGGUUCAGUAGCUAAACGGGUGCUGGAUUUUGAUUCAAUGACCCAGGAAGUUGAUGGGACCGGUGAAGAUCAGAACAAAGAGAUGGGAAUUAGGGAUGUGGAACAGGAGUCAGACAAGAAACGGCCUAGUUCUGAUGAAAUGAGGAGUAAAGAAACGAAAAAGAAAAAGAGAGCGAAAGGAGUCGGCGAUGGGGAUAUGCCCAUGUUACCUGAAAGAAGAACAGCGAAGGAAAGAAGAGAACAUAUUGUCCAGCUUCGUGCUGAAUCUCAGAGACUGCUCCGAGAAACUAGAGAUGCGGCAUUUAAACCAGCACCGAUUGUUCAAAAGCCCAUAUCAUCAGUUUUGGAGAAGAUUCGGCGAAGGAAGCUUGAGGUUUCAAAAAAGACGUAUUUUGCUAUUGAUGAUCAUGAUGGUAAUUCAAGCAAGGAUUUGGAGGAGACUGGAUCUGAAAAUGUUGGCGAGCACGAGAGAGGCAAUGAUAGGGCGGUUAUGGAAGUUGAAAGUGAGGAAACAAUUUUAAAGCAUGGGAUUUCGGAUACCUCGUGUUCUGAUGAAAUAAAGAAUGCUGAGAAUGUCUCAAGUCAUGAAAAUUUUUCACCACAGAUUGCCGCUAGUGAGGAACCCAAACCUGCGUUUCGAGCUCCUGUAAAUGAUACCCAGGAUUUAUUUUCUGAUUCCCAAACAAGUGACUCCAAAGAUGAGACUCCUGAUAGCCCUUUAGAAGAAGUUUUGGCACCGUCCGUUCUUGCUAUGAACUUAAAGCUUGACUCUGCUCCUCUUGAUGAUAUUUUCUCUGACGAAGAGGACAAUGACAAGGAGAACAUUGAUCCUCAUCCACAUGAAUCUGUUGAUUUGUCUCCAACUAAUGCUGACCCUGUUAAAGCAUUUGUUGAUGAAGAAGCUGAAGAAGAAGAUGACAGUGACAAUGACUUACUUCGCUUCCAAGAUGAUGACAAUGAAGAGGAUGAAGAUUCUGAAGAUUUAGAAGAACUCAGGGAUAUGAUAGCAACUGGAUUUGAAGAAAAGCAAAGUGAUAUUGAUAGGCGAAUGGAACUCCAUCAGAAAUUGCUUGACCAACAGGAUGCUGCUAAAACAGCACAGUUAUUGCGGAAAUGGGGUCCGAAGCAGAGAGAAACUGACCAGCAUGAUGAUGAAGGAUUUGUGGAAGAUGAUGAAGAGGAUGGAGACGAUGAAGAGGAUUUCUUUGAAAAUGAAGAUUCACGUCCAGUAAACUUGCGCUUGCAUAUAAAAAAGAUAAAGGAAAUGAUACCACAAAUGUUCACUGAUAAGAACGACAUUUAUAUAUCAUCUGAUGACGAGGAAGUAGAAAAAAAGCUUGUUGAAAAGAGCUUGUAUGAGAAAGCCAAUCAGCAAGCUGAGCUCUUGCCACCAACAAAGGAUGCAAGGUCCACAGAACUCUUUGGUUAUAUUAAGAAGGUCAACAAUAUGCCUGAAACCAGAAGAAAGGCCAAAACAUCAUCCUUUUCUAAUAUGCUAUUCAUUGGGAAAAAAGGGAAUGAGCCCUCAAAGUCAUCUUUUAUAGGUCGGGGAUCAAAUUGUUCUAUUCCAUCAUCUACCAAGCAUGGACCAGGCGUCUUACGUUCAUUUAUAUUUGAACGUGAAGACAACAAUAGCAGCACAACCUCGAUAGCAGAAAGUCCUUCCGCUGUGAUCCAAAAGGAGAACAGACCAAAGAAAAAUGCUCCAUCAGCCAAGUUUAGUAAUUCACAGAUCAGAUCAAGUUCACAACCAAGAAAAGAUGAGAUGGAAACAAGUUCUGGAGCUCAAUUAUUGGAAAUAUUAAGGCGUUCCUCCUCACUGCAAACAAGUGAGUGCACUGGUAAGAGAUGUACUGUAGGCCAAACUGAAUCCAUAUUUGCUGCAUUCAAGCUGGAAAAGAAAUCAAUAGGAACCAAAAGGCCGAAUAUACCUGUAAAGACUCUUUAGAUCAUUUAGCACCCAACAUUUGAUAUCUCAAAUGCCAAACCCUAGUUCUAUGAAGUAAAACGUAUUUGCAUUUCUUUCUCUAAAUUCUGCCCUGUAGAUAAAAUGUUGGUGGUCCGGGUUCCUUAUUCUGAUGUCAAAUAAAAGGUUGUUUUAUUUCAGAAAA